GAGGACUUCAGAACCCCCCAAGGUAAGACCUCACUAGGAGGACCAGAUAUGGAGGUCUUCAGAGACCCCCAAGGUAAGACCUUAUGAGGACCAGAUAGGGAGGAUUUCAGAGACCCCCAAGGUAAGACCUUACCAGGACCAGCUCUUAAAUUUAGAUAUGAAGGACUUCAGAGUGAAGUAGGCCUACGUCUGCCCGCCCUCCUGGUGGGAACAUCACCAUAAAGGGCCUAGGGUCAGCUCCUCCCUGGGUCUACGGAACUGUCCCGUAUGGGUACAGCACGAGACAAUCUCGUGUGGGGACUGUCACGUGGGGGGCCUGUCCCGUGCCGACUGUCUCGUAGACUGUCCUGUGGGUGGACUGUCGCCUGUCGGGCCUUUCCAAUGGGGACAGUCUUUGUGCCGUGGGGUCUGUCACUGCCCUGUGGGGGGGCCUGUCCCUUCUGUGGGGACUCUCUCGUGUCACUGUCCCGUGGGGGGACUGUCCUGUGUCACUGUCCAGUGAUUGGCCUGUCCCAUGGGGGGGCUGUCACUGUCCUGUGGGGGGACUGUCACUGUCUUGUGGGGGGACUUUCCCAUAGUCCUGUGUGGUGCCUGUCCCGUGGGGGUACAUUAAUUAACCAUUAACAACAUGAGUUAAUGCAGUUUGGCUUCAUUAGAAGGCAUUGGUAAAGGGUUAUGGGUAAGGUUAGUGGGUAAGGCUUAUCCUUUCCCACUAGGCUUUUCCUAACUAUCCUUACCCACUUGGAUUGUCCUAACCCACUAGGCUUGUCCUAACCCAGGGUUCUCCUUACUAUUUCUAGACCAUAAGGUAACUGAUACUUGUACUGCCUUUACUACUGUAAAUACAUGGUUAAUUAAUGUACCCUCCAUUGUAAAGUGUUAACAAUUACACUCUUAUGAUAAUGCUAAAAAUGGGUCACGUCACGUGGUGUUGCAUUGUGUUGCUUAGACCUUGGGAAAAGACGUCAUCAUCCGAACAUGCCCAGACACGUUUAGUCCAUUAGUUCAUUGACCGAUUUAUAUAGUAGGACUGUUUCAGAACCACGUUAACCUGCAUUAGCUGGUCAAUAGGCCGUAGGCUAAUGAACCAAGCAAUGGGUUGUAAUUUAAAGACUAAUACUUUACAGUGUAAUUUAGAUUUAAUAUGCAUAGGUAGAAGGAAAACCGAAUAAUGCCCCUUUCAUGAUACAGCCUCCGAACUUAAAGAGCCCCUGGGGCGGGUGCCCCCCUGCGAUGCCAUCCUGCUCUCUGUCUGAUGUCAUGAGUGAGGAGCUGGCCAGGCAGCUGGAGGAGGAGAACAAGGCCUUCCCCUCUCUGACAAAUCCUGAGGUGAGUCUCCUGUCAGGUGAGGAGACUGACACCAACAGCGAUCUGAUGCUGGCCCGGCUGCUGCAGAUGCAGUACGACCGCGAGUGCGACACCCAGCUCCGCCGGGAGGAGCGCAAGUACAACGGGGAGAGCAAAGUGUCCAUCUCCUUUGAGAACUACCGCACAGCCCAUCCCUAUGACGGCAGUGAGAGCUCAGAGGAUGAGGUGGACUGGCAGGACACCCGGGAUGACCCCUACAAGCCCGAUAAGCCUCAGGUGACGCCACGCAAGGGCUUCACAGGAAAAGGAAAAAACAUCACCACCAAACACGAUGAGGUGCUGUGUGGACGCAAGAACACCGCCCGCAUGGACAAUUUUGCUCCGGAGGUGCUGGUGGGCGAUGGGCUAGGCAUGGACCUGAAACUGUCCAACCAGGUGUUCAACUCCCUGAAGCAGCACUGCCACAGCGAGCAGCGGCGGAGUGCCAGGCUGCACGACAAGAAGGAGCACUCCACUGCGGAGCAAGCAGUGGACCCCCGCACCCGUCUGUUGAUGUACAAGAUGGUGAGUGCCGGCACUUUGGAGCGCAUCAACGGCUGCAUCAGCACAGGCAAGGAGUCGGUGGUGUUCCACGCCAACGGAGGAAUGUUGGAGGAGCAGCCCGUGCCAGAAGAGGUGGUACUGAAGGUGUUCAAAACCACGCUGAAUGAAUUCAAGAACAGGGACCGCUAUAUUAAAGACGACUACCGAUUCAAGGACCGCUUCAGCAAACUCAACCCACGCAAGAUCAUCCGGCUGUGGGCAGAGAAAGAGAUGCACAACUUGGCCAGAAUGAAGAAGGCUGGGAUCCCCUGUCCAGAGGUGGCCCUGUUGAGGAAACACAUCCUUGUGUUGUCCUUCAUUGGUAAAGACCACGUCCCCGCACCCAAACUCAAGGACACCAUGCUGGGUGCAGCAGACAUGAAGACUGCGUACUACCAAGUCCUACAGAUGAUGCAGCAGCUGUACCAGGAGUGUAACCUGGUCCACGCCGACCUCAGUGAAUACAACAUGCUCUGGCACCAGGGCCAGGUGUGGCUGAUUGACGUCAGUCAGUCUGUGGAGCCCAGCCAUCCUCAUGGACUCCAGUUCCUCUUCAGAGACUGCACGAACGUUUCUACGUUCUUCCAGAAGAGGGGCGUGGCCGAGGCGAUGAGUGUGUACGAGCUGUUCAACUGUGUGACGGGACUCGACCUCACGAUCAAUGAAGAGGACGAGGCUGAGUUCUUAGCUCAGAUCGAGGCGCUGGAGAAGCGUAACGAGGACCACGUCCAGAAGCGGGGGAAGAAGACCUUUCCUCUGUCCUCGUGGGACGGAAGUCCUCCGUUAAAACAUGCCGCAGAUGACUAACCCCCCCCCCCAGUCGCUGAGGACAGCGCCGCCAUACCCACAAGCCACGAGGAGACCCCCGAGGUCAGAGGUCACCGCACCUCCCCCUCGUCCACUUUGAAGAGAACCAAAAAAAAGAAAUCCAGGUGGGACCACCUGGACCCUAACCUGUACGACCCCAGGGGGCGCCAGAGGGGCCCCAGCAAAGCCCAACGGGUCCCUGCUUAGUUCGGGGCCCUUCUGUCUCCACUGCCCAGAGUUGAGACCAGACAAAGGGCAUGCAAACAUGGGUCAAUCACAUCCUGCUUCUAUCAACCUCUUUAUCGUCCUCCUCCAGCUCUGUCCCUCCUAGAGGACUCAGUAUAUAGUCUGCAUGAGCUUCUAUUUCCACUGUGUGCAAUAUACCAUUUAUAUUUCCAAAUUCAGCCUUCUCCCUCCCUCCCACAUCAACAGCCUUACUCAGGGAGAAGGAGGCUGCAGCUCUAACCAUGUUUUGUGAUUGAUAUCUUCAAACGUCCACAGAAGAUUGUGUGAGUAGCAUGUGUCUAUGUUGACAGGGGGCGUUGUGUGACCAUAACAUCCGUUGUAUUACGGUAGUUAAUUUUCAGUCCCCAUGUGGUCCGCUGGGGCCAGGCAGAGACUCUAGUGGGACCCGGGUCUGCACAACCUUCUGGGGACUCCCAUUCUACACAACAGCCCCAUUGUAUUGUGGAAGUGAUUGAUACAUAUAUAUUUUCUUUUUUGGUAUUGCAAUUGAAGCUUUUGGUUGGAUAAAAAUGAAGAUUGUGCUCCGUGU